AUACCAUUAAUUUCAUUCCCUCAACUUUUGUCAAUGGCUUUCAUAGCGAUUGCUUGACUGUUGAACACAACAAACACCUUCACGUUAACCUCUUUUCUCUCUCCAGUUCGUUCAUUCUCUCUCUCUCUCUCUCUCUCUCGACAUUUCUCAAUCGAAGCAAAAAACCCAGUUGGAUUCAGGGCUUUCUGCAAUGGAAAAUCAGCAGCAGAUUGCAAUGAAAUCGAGAUUCAGCCGUAUCUGCGUUUUCUGUGGCAGCAGUGCUGGCAAGAACCCGAGCUACCAGCUCGCUGCCAUUAAACUCGGCAAAGAAUUGGUUGAAAGAAGCAUCGACUUGGUUUAUGGAGGAGGAAGCAUUGGACUGAUGGGUCAGGUCUCCCAAGUUGUCUAUGAUGGUGGCCGCCACGUGUUGGGAGUAAUUCCCACAACUCUCAUGCCAAGAGAGAUCACAGGAGAGCCAGUGGGAGAAGUAAGAGCUGUAUCAGGCAUGCACCAACGCAAAGCAGAAAUGGCUCGCCAAGCUGAUGCCUUUAUUGCCUUGCCCGGUGGCUAUGGUACCUUGGAAGAACUGUUGGAAGUGAUCACUUGGGCACAGUUGGGAAUCCAUGACAAACCGGUGGGGUUGUUAAAUGUGGAUGGAUACUACAACUCACUACUAUCCUUCAUAGACAAGGCUGUGGAUGAAGGUUUCAUUGACCCUGCAGCUCGUCACAUUAUUGUCUCUGCCGAAACACCCCACGAACUCAUGUGCAAACUAGAGGAAUAUGCUCCAAAGCAUUGUGGACUGAGUUGGGAGAUGGAGCAACAACUGGAAUACACGGCAAAGUCAGACAUUGCACGUUGACCAGUCUAUCUUGUCGUCGUGGAGGAUUUGUGACCGUUAGAUUAAUACAGCAGAUUUGUUUUCUUAAAAUACACACAAUUAAGCAAGAGCAGUCAACCAUUUGUAGAUGUGAGCUCCUUUAGAAAAGUGCCAACAACACAGUUGUUUUAUUUA